AUGGAGAUGGAAAGUGAGAGUAGUACCUCAGGAGAUGACAGUGUCUUUUGGUUGGAUUCUGAAGUUAUAACUCAACUGACAGAUGGCGAAGAAGGAGAAAGGGAAGAGAUUUUCAGGAAGAUGAAGUCCUCAGUACAUUCUGAAGAGGAUGAUUUUGUUCCAGAACUGCAUAGAAAUGUUCACCCUCGAGAGCGGCCCGAUUGGGAAGAAACACUUAGUGCAAUGGCACGAGGAGCAGAUGUUCCAGAGAUUCCUGGAGAUCUUACUCUUAAGACAUGUGGCAAUACAGCGAGUAUGAAAGUUAAACAUGUGAAAAAGUCUACUACUCCAGGACUGAUGGGCUGUGACAACAUUCACAGGUUACCCUUCACUAAGGGUCACUUUCCGAAGAUGGCUGAAUGUGCACAUUUCCAUUAUGAGAAUGUUGAAUUUGGCAGCAUACAGCUUUCACUUUCAGAAGAACAGAAUGAAAUAAUGAAAAAUGGCUGUGAAUCUAAAGAGCUGGUCUACCUCGUGCAGAUUGCUUGUCAGGGCAAAAGCUGGAUUGUUAAAAGAAGUUAUGAAGAUUUUCGGGUACUUGAUAAACAUCUUCAUCUCUGUAUUUAUGACCGAAGAUUCUCCCAGCUCUCAGAGCUUCCCCGUUCUGACAGUCUUAAGGACAGUCCAGAGUCAGUCACUCAGAUGCUCAUGGCUUACCUGUCACGCCUUUCAGCUAUUGCUGGUAACAAGAUCAAUUGUGGGCCUGCCCUUACUUGGAUGGAGAUUGAUAAUAAGGGAAAUCAUCUUCUAGUUCAUGAGGAAUCAUCCAUCAACACUCCUGCUGUUGGUGCUGCCCAUGUUAUCAAGAGGUACACUGCUCGGGCUCCAGAUGAAUUGACAUUAGAGGUGGGAGACAUUGUUUCCGUUAUUGAUAUGCCCCCCAAAGUGUUAAGUACAUGGUGGAGAGGCAAGCAUGGAUUUCAGGUGGGACUCUUCCCUGGACAUUGUGUUGAGUUAAUUAACCAGAAAGUUCCCCCGUCGGUGACCAAUUCAGUGCCAAAACCAGUAUCUAAAAAACACGGCAAGCUCAUUACUUUCUUACGAACAUUCAUGAAGUCUCGUCCAACAAAACAGAAGCUAAAGCAGCGAGGGAUUUUGAAAGAGCGGGUGUUUGGUUGUGAUCUCGGGGAGCACCUUCUGAAUUCUGGCUUUGAAGUUCCCCAGGUUCUCCAAAGCUGCACAGCAUUCAUUGAGAGAUAUGGCAUUGUGGAUGGAAUAUAUCGUCUUUCUGGAGUUGCCUCCAAUAUCCAGAGACUACGCCAUGAAUUUGACUCCGAGCAUGUCCCCGACCUGACGAAGGAACCUUAUGUUCAAGACAUCCAUUCGGUGGGCUCCCUCUGUAAGCUGUACUUCCGAGAGCUCCCAAACCCUCUGCUCACCUACCAGCUGUAUGAGAAAUUUUCUGAUGCUGUUUCAGCAGCAACAGAUGAAGAAAGGCUGAUAAAAAUUCAUGAUGUCAUUCAGCAGCUCCCCCCGCCACACUACAGAACACUGGAGUUCCUGAUGAGGCACUUGUCUCUUCUUGCGGACUACUGUUCCAUCACAAAUAUGCAUGCAAAAAAUCUAGCAAUUGUCUGGGCUCCAAACCUGCUUCGAUCAAAACAGAUAGAGUCUGCCUGUUUCAGUGGAACAGCUGCUUUCAUGGAAGUAAGGAUUCAGUCUGUGGUUGUUGAGUUCAUCCUCAAUCAUGUAGACGUGCUCUUCAGUGGCAAAAUCAGUGCAGUCAUGCAGGAAGGGGCAGCUUCUCUGUCAAGGCCCAAAUCCCUGUUGGUAUCCUCUCCAUCCACCAAGCUGCUGACAUUGGAGGAAGCCCAGGCAAGAACACAGGCUCAGGUCAAUUCUCCAGUUGUAACUGAAAAUAAAUAUAUUGAAGUAGGAGAAGGACCUGCUGCACUUCAGGGGAAAUUUCAUACCAUAAUUGAAUUCCCACUUGAAAGAAAGAGGCCUCAAAAUAAGAUGAAGAAAUCUCCUGUGGGCAGCUGGCGUUCAUUUUUCAACUUGGGGAAAUCAUCAUCAGUCUCUAAGCGGAAGUUGCAGCGUAAUGAGAGUGAGCCUUCAGAAAUGAAAGCUAUGGCUCUCAAAGGUGGCAGAGCAGAAGGAACCCUUCGCUCAGCAAAAAGUGAGGAGUCUCUUACUUCUCUUCAUGCAGUUGAUGGUGAUUCCAAGCUCUUCCGACCCAGAAGACCCCGAUCUAGCAGUGAUGCCCUGUCUGCCUCUUUUAAUGGAGAAAUGCUGGGGAACCGCUGUAAUUCCUAUGAUAAUCUGCCCCAUGACAAUGAGAGUGAGGAGGAGGUAGGGUUGCUGCAUAUCCCAGCUCUCCUGUCUCCUCAUUCAGCUGAGGAUGUUGACUUGAGCCCUCCAGAUAUUGGAGUAGCCAGCCUGGAUUUUGAUCCAAUGUCAUUUCAGUGUAGUCCCCCUAAGGCCGAAUCAGAAUGCCUGGAGAGUGGUGCUUCCUUUUUAGAUUCAUUAGGAUACUCCAAGGAUAAACCAUGUACCAGUAAAAAGGAUGUAGAGCCAAGUGGUAGCCAGUCUCAGACUCCAGGAAGCACAGCAAGUUCUGAACCUGUCUCUCCAGUUCAGGAGAAAAUGAGUCCAUUCUUUACCCUGGACCUGAGCCCAACUGAAGAGAAGUCAUCCAAAUCAUCCUCAUUUACUGAAAAGGUCGUCUAUGCUUUCUCUCCGAAGAUUGGACGAAAAUUAAGCAAAUCGCCUUCCAUGAACAUAUCUGAGCCGAUUUCAGUGACCCUUCCACCUCGGGUGUCAGAAGUCAUCAGUACUGGCUCAAAUACUGCAGCUCAGAAUGCAUCAUCUCCGACCUGGGACAAAAGCACAGAAGAAAGUGAUAUCACAAAUAGAUCCCCCACCCAAAUAGUAAAGAUGAAAACAAAUGAGAGAGAGGCCCAAGAAGGAUGUGAACCUGAAAUCCAGCCCCUGGACCAGGUAGCUGCUGAAGAAAUAGAGUUGCCAGGGAAAGAGGAGCGGUCUGUCUCAAGCAGUCAGAGUAAGGCUGUAGCUUCUGGACAGACUCAGACAGGAGCAGUUACCCAUGACCCCCCUCAGGAGCCUGUUCCUGUCAGUUCAGUCUCUCUUAUCCCACCGCCACCGCCUCCGAAAAAUGUCGCCCGAAUGUUGGCGCUAGCAUUAGCUGAGUCUGCGCAGCAAGCCUCUACUCAGUCACUGAAGAGACCAGGGACUUCUCAGGCUGGGUACACAAAUUAUGGAGACACAGCAGGGGCUACAGCUGAAGAUAAACUGCCCAGUCCGUACUCUAGUAUUUCUCUAGAUAAGGCCUAUUUCCAAACAGAUCGACCAGCAGAGCAGUUCCACCUCCAGAACAAUGCACUGGGAAACUGCAACCAGCCUCUCCCAGAGACAACAGCUGUUGGGGAUCCUACUCAUACCAAGGUAAAUGAAUCUGGGGAGCAACUCCACCAAGUAGACUUACCAGGAAACCAUCUACAUCGAAACUAUUUAUCUGGGGACCCAGAAAAGGCCAGAAUUACUUUAGUUCCCUUAACAGACUCAGAAAAGUCUGAUGAUCAUGUAGGUUUCCCUGAAGACCAGGCUGGGAAGACCACUGUGGCAACCAUCCCCUUCGUAGAGCAGGACCAGUCUGCACUCCAUUUCUACAGUGGGGAUCAGUCUCCUGCCUACCUUGGUGCAAGUGUGGAUCAGCCCCAUCACCCUUCAGAACUUGCAGACCAAUCUUCCAUGCCUUCAAAUUUGCCUAGAGACAAAAGCUGUCCUCUUUCUGGGUCCCCUGAAGAGAAUACCAGCACAGCCACCAUGACUUACAUGACAGCGACUCCAGCAACAGCUGAAAUAAGCACCAGGGAUGCCAGCUGGGCUGUGAGUGAACAGUCCACUGCCACUGGGUUUGCUGUUGCUACCCUUCAGCGCACACACAGAAGUCAUCGCCCUCUCCCCCCGCCUCCUGCCCAGAGGACCACAGAGCAGCUGCCAGUCGCGGGGCAAGUACAAGCUGCAGCCAGUAUAGGACUGAAUGAUUCCCACAAGGUUCACGGAGUAGUUCCAGCUCCAGAGAGGCCACCUGAACCUCGAGCCGUGGAUGACCCUGCACCCAUCUUUGUCAGUGAUAGCUGUGCAGCUGCUGCUCAGUGUCCUAUGGUUACUACUGCUCUCCAGCCAGGCCUGCCUGAGAAAGUGCGGGAGAGUACCAGGGCCCCACUGCUCCACAUGCGAGCCGAGUCCUUCCCUGGGCACUCCUGUGGCUUUUCUGCACCAAUGCCCCCCACCAGAACAAUGGAGAGUAAGAUGGCUGCCGCCAUGCACUCCAACAGUGCAGAUGCCGCUAGCAGUUCAAAUUACCACUCCUUUGUCACUGCGUCAUCAGCCUCAGUGGAUGAUGUGUUGCCUUUGCCACUGCCUGUCCCACAACCUAAGCAUGCUUCUCAGAAAAUAGCUUAUUCCUCCUUUGCUAGGCCUGAUGUCACCACUGAGCCCUUUGGUCCAGAAAACUGUUUGCAUUUCAAUAUGACUCCAACCUGCCAAUUCCGUCCCCAGAGUGUACCUCCACAUCAUAAUAAAUUGGAGCAACACCAAGUGUAUGGUGCCCGAUCAGAGCCACCAGCCUCCAUGGGUCCUCGUUAUAACACCUAUGUGGCCCCGGGAAGAAACACGUCUGGACACCACUCCAAGCCAUGCAACCGGAUGGAGUAUGUUUCUUCUUUGAGCUCCUCAGUUAGGAAUGCUUGCUAUCCUGAAGAUAUUCCACCAUACCCUACCAUCCGGAGGGUGCAAUCUCUCCAUGCUCCCCCAUCUUCCAUGAUUCGUUCUGUUCCCAUUUCACGGACAGAAGUUCCCCCAGAUGAUGAACCAGCCUACUGCCCAAGGCCCCUGUACCAGUUUAAGCCAUAUCAGUCCUCCCAGGCCCGCUCAGAUUAUCAUGUAACUCAGCUUCAGCCUUACUUUGAGAAUGGACGGGUCCAUUACCGCUAUAGUCCAUAUUCCAGUUCCUCUAGUUCCUAUUACAGUCCUGAUGGGGCCCUGUGUGAUGUGGAUGCCUAUAGCACAGUACAGUUGAGGCCCCUUCAUCGCCUGCCAAGUCGUGAUUUUGCUUUCUACAAUCCCAGGCUACAAGGCAAGAACUUGUACAGUUACUCUGGUUUGCCUCCACGCCCGCGGACCAACAUGACUGGCUAUUUCUCUGGUAAUGACCAUAAUGUAGUAAACAUGCCUCCACCUGCUGAUGUAAAGCACACCUACGCCUCGUGGGAUCUAGAGGACAUGGAAAAAUAUCGCAUGCAGUCUAUCCGGAGAGAGAGCCGUGCACGGCAGAAGGUGAAAGCGCCUGUUAUGUCUCAGUAUGACAACAUGACGCCAGCUGUGCAGGAUGACCUGGGUGGGAUCUAUGUCAUCCAUCUGCGCAGUAAAUCAGAUCCUGGGAAAACUGGACUUCUCUCAGUGGCAGAAGGAAAGGAAGGGCGGCACCCAGCCAAGGCUGUGAGUCCUGAGGGAGACGACCGCUUUUAUAGGAAGCAUCCAGACCCAGAGUUUGACAGAGCCCCCCACCAUGGAGGGUAUGGCAGUAUACAGGCAGAGAAGCCAACCCUCCCUCAGAAGCAAAGCAGCCUUAGGAAUAGAAAGCUUCAUGACAUGGGUUGUAGUCUCCCAGAGCACAGGGUGCAUCAGGAAGCAAGCCAUAGGCAAUUAUGUGAAUCAAAAAAUGGGCCACCAUACCCCCAGGCAACUGGCCAGUUAGAUUAUGGGCCCAAAACAAUUCCAGACACUUCUGAGCCAGGCAGCUACCAUAAUUCUGGAGGGAAAUACACCACAGGGCAGGAGUCCUUAAGAUUGAACCACAAAGAGGUGAGGCUCUCCAAAGAGCUGGAGCGGCCCCGAGCCAGGCAGCCACCUGCCCCUGAGAAACACUCCAGAGACUGCUACAAAGAGGAGGAGCACCUCACUCAGUCAAUGGUCCCACCCCCUAAGCCAGAGAGGAGCCAUAGCCUAAAACUUCAUCAUACCCAGAACAUGGAAAGGGACCCCAGUGUGCUGUACCAGUACCAAACGCACAGCAAGCGCCAGAGCAAUAUGACUGUUGUGUCCCAGUAUGACAACCUGGAGGAUUACCACUCCCUGCCCCAGCACCAGCGAGGAGGCUUUGGAGGCGGGGGCAUGGGAACAUAUGUGCCCUCUGGUUUUGCCCACCCACAGAGCAGGACAUAUGCUACAGCGUUGGGUCAAGGGGCUUUCCUGCCCACAGAGUUGUCUUUGCCACAUCCUGACACACAGAUUCAUGCAGAAUGAGCCCCGGGAGCAAUAGAGUUGAAGCAGCCUCUGCUGGACAGUGGACUGUUCUAUUUUUUUCAAUAACCAAAAAAGAUUAAAAAAAAAAUCUACAAAACCCCUGACCACGUU